AUGUCCUCGUACACUUUCACUCUGCUUAUCACGUUCAUUAUGAAGCCCGUCCUCGUCUUCAAACACCUCCCUAAUGGAACCAUCGAGAUCGCCCUCCUUCGUAUCCCACCUUCGGAGAAAGUCACUGGAAUGCUCGACGCUUUCUGGGCAAACCAUUCCUAUAUACCGGUGGUGGGCGCAUCCAUUCGAAAGCUCCAUAAGGCGCUCUCAGUCGGGUGGGACAACGCGUUGUAUCUUGAGCAGACCAUCAAAUCCGAGGGGCUGGAACACGUAUGCGCCCCAUUGCACCCGGACGACCUCGUACGUCCAUACAUAUCGAAUUUGCCACCAAACGAGGCCGUCUUCAUAGUCGAUAUACCCUCUACGCACUAUGUCUCCGCCCCAGUCAGUAUCGAAAGUCCAGCAUCUCAAAACUGGGAGACCGCCAUUCAUCUCAUGGACGUUCUCUCCGUCAUGCAGCACACGAUGUUCGAUAAACCUGGGAGCCUAAUCGUCCGCGAGGAGUACGUGAAACUGUGGGAGUCGAUCAUGUCACAUCCGAAGGACAAUUUCAUCGUGUUUGGGCACCCGGGCAUCGGGAAAACGCUGUUCCUCUACUACGCGCUUCUGCGAGGACUACGCGCGGGCCUCACCAUUCUGUUCUGCGUCAGACCGAAGCGCUUCUUCCUUUUCGGAGACAAGGACGUCAAGGUCCUCGCAUCGGACGAUCUAUCGGAGGUGCCGGAAAACGUUCUAGCACUCGUUGAUGCCACGCUCGCCAAACCCCACGACUGGCUCGGCGAGAUUCACUUCCGCGCCGUCCUCUCUACCUCCCGGAGACGAGCCUUGUGGAAGGACUUUGCGAAGUUUCGGAAGCCGCUCUUGUGGUGGGUCAUGAGCUACUGGAGCUGGGAAGAAACAGGGUUGUUUGACGUCGGUCGGACUCCUGAGGAUGAAGCGUAUUAUUCUGCAGUUGAGCUCGCCUCUGUCUUUGGACCCUCACCUCGCGCGUUCAUAUCAAAACGUCUCCCUACAAUACAGGUCGCCAACGAUGCGUUGGUAGAAAGCUUUAUGGGUUUCUUCGGUAAUCCAGUCGGCAUCGCCGAGGACAUCUUUGGCUUCCAUCGUUUCUUUCACCUGGCACUUCGGCACGACGCGAAGAACCCUCUGAGGGAUAUUGAAACUGCUUACAUCUAUCGCAUUCCCACCCCACCCCUCUACGAACGCGCCGUCGCAGCGUUCGUGCGAGCCGAUUUUCAUGGCCAAGAGCACCGGCUCAAGACGAUCUUCGACGUCCGCGCCUUUGAUGCCUGGUGCGGGCUCUCACGCACCCCGGGCGAAGCCUCGAAAGCAACGUGA